AUGAGGAGCAGGCAGAAUUGGGAAAAUUACGCAUCAGUUGAGGGCGUCGAUAUCGAAAAGGCUUUUGCAUUUUCUGGUGGGCUUACUGAAGAGAUGAAGGACGAAGGCAGUAGAAUUUCUAUGUUGAGGUUUCAAAAGAAGACCAGUUUUUUACCUAGGAUAUGCGCGGGCCUUUCACAGCGCACAGCACAACAGGUGAUUGGAAGAAUGCGUCGUCUUUAUCACCCAUCGUCUUUCGAGAGGGUCCCUUGGACGGAGGAAGAUUUUAAAAAGCUAGAAGAAUUGCAUUCGCACAAGAUGAAACCUGCUGCUAUUUCUUUAUUAUUGAACAGAAAAGUUCGGUCUGUUGAUGCUCAGUUAGACAAAUUAAAAAAGAAAAAAGUUACCCCUCGUUCCCGCCCUUUUGCUUGGGAUUUUUACGCGAAAUCAAGACUUAUAGCUCAUGUAAAGAGUGUACUACGUAAGAAACUUUGUGAGGACGAAGAAAGUAAGGAUUUUUUUGAUCAGCUGUAUGAGGAGACAGAUGGUCGUACUAUCGUGCAUUUUGCAAUGUCAUCUUUACCUAAAAAUCACAAAAUUUUCAACUUUGAUAAUUUAGCAAAGUUACUGCGCUGUACACCUGAGGAAGUUUUAUCUAGAUGGUGAGU